UGAAUUAGAAUGUAAAAAAAAAUCCACAAAUUGUUUAUUCUGUGCAUGAGAAACAUAUUUCAAUAAAAUAAUUUGUUUAAAAAUCAGUAUGUGCUUCCUGUUAUGUUGCUUUAUAAAGACCUUACUGCAGGGCCUCCUUGAAAACACAGAAACACAUAAACUAGUGGGAGUUCUAUGCAGUAACAAAUAUUUACUAAUGCAAAUAUACUUUCAAGCAACCAAGUGUGACUGUAUAUAGAUAAAGACUAAACAAACAACAUGUAAGAUGUGACUCAUGCCCUACUCUUUGAGGUCAUUGGCUAUAUUCUUAAUCAUUCAUGCAUACUUAUUAGGUCUAUAAAAGUGCAAGUACUGUAUCAAAUAAUUUACAUUUGGCAGCUACAGCUGAGCUCAAUGGUUAGAAUGCUUCUCUUACUUUACAUAUUCCUGGUUUUCCAUCAACUUCAUACCAAGGCGGGGAGCACUCUUUGCCGAAUGAUGGGAGAACCUAAGUCCCCGCUGCUUUCCAAGAAUGGAGACAUAACCAUUGGAGCACUUUUUGCAAUACGCAGUAAAGAAACACUACCUUCAUUUCAGUUCACACGAAAACCUCAGCUUCUGUCAUGCUCCAGUGUGAAUUUAAGAGAUUUUAGGAUGGCACAAAUUAUGAUUUUUGCCAUUGAAGAGAUUAACAGAAGUGAAAGUUUGCUCCCAAAUGUUUCUAUUGGCUACCGGAUUUACGAUACCUGUGGUUCAAGACUGUCUGCUAUGAGUGUAACUAUGGGCCUGAUGAAUGGACCAGAGUUUUCAGCAGAGAAUAGAUGCACAGGACAGUCUCCUAUACAUGCUAUCAUUGGAGAAACAGAGUCUUCUGCCACAGUGAUUCUGUCCAGAACUACAGGACCUUUUAAAAUUCCAGUGAUAAGUCACUCAGCCUCAUGUGAAUGUCUCAGUAAUAGGAAAGAUUACCCUUCAUUCUUCAGGACUAUUGCUAGUGAUUACCACCAAGGCAGAGCACUUGCAUACAUAAUCAAGCAAUUAGGCUGGUCUUGGGUGGGAGCUGUGAACAGUGACAAUGAUUAUGGAAACAAUGUUAUGGCCAUAUUUCUGAAUACAGCUCAGAAGGAGGGGAUUUGUGUGGAGUACUCUGUGAAAUUCUACCGAACAGAGGCUGAAAAACUAAAAAAAGUGGUUGACACAAUUAAAAAAAGCACAGCAAAAGUGAUUGUUGCAUUCGUUUCACUUAUUGAAAUGGGCUUACUUAUUGAUCAGCUAAGUAUUCAGAAUAUUACAGGCUUUCAAUUGAUUGGAGGGGAGGGAUGGAUAACUGCAAAGAGUUUGAUCACUCCUAAGACUUUUCAUGUGAUGGGAGGGUCACUGGGGUUUGCAUUUAGAAAAAUCAAUAUUGACGAGUUUUCAGAUUAUGUUAUAAAGGCAUUCUGGGACACAGCUUUUCCAUGCUCAAAGACUGAGGGUAAUUCUUCUCAACAUGCAUUAGACUGCAGCAGAUAUCAAGAUCUACUUACAUUUAAAAACAACAAUGAAGAUGUGCCUGAUCAAAGAUAUGCAAACAAUGUCUACAAAGCAGUUUAUGCUGUGGCUCAUUCACUACACAGUCUAUUGAAGUGCAAAGAACAAGAAGGCUGUGAGAAAGGUCUGCUAAUAGAACCAAAACAGGUGGUUGAAGCUCUAAAAAAAGUAAAUUUCACCGUAAAGUUUGGUGAUCAUGUGUGGUUUGACAGCACUGGUGGCGCAGUAGCCCAUUAUGAAGUCGUGAACUGGCAGCAGGACUCAAAUGGAUCAUUCCAGUUUAAACCAGUGGGUUACUUUGAUGCCUCACUGCCCCCUGACCAGAGCUUUAUGCUUAACACUAAAAAUAUAAUUUGGGCUGGAGGAGAGCUGGAGAAGCCAAGGUCUGUGUGUAGUGAGAGCUGUCCUCCAGGCACUAGGAAGGCUGUACAAAAAGGAAGACCUGUCUGCUGUUAUGACUGUAUUUCAUGUACCGAAGGAGAAAUCAGUAAUGAGACAGAUUCAAAUAACUGCAAGCAGUGUCCAGGGGAAUACUGGUCUAAUGCUGAGAAAAAUAAAUGUGUGUUAAAGGCUGUAGAGUUUCUGUCAUUCACAGAAGUUAUGGGUAUAGUGCUUGUCUUUUUCUCAUUGUUUGGAGUAGGAUUAACUGUGAUGGUGGCCAUCCUAUUUUACCGCAAGAAGGACACCCCCAUAGUAAAAGCCAACAACUCAGAGCUGAGCUUUCUGCUGCUCUUCUCACUGACUCUGUGUUUCCUCUGUUCACUUACUUUCAUUGGUCAGCCCACUGAAUGGUCUUGUAUGUUGCGUCACACGGCAUUUGGAAUAACUUUUGUCCUCUGUAUCUCCUGUGUUCUGGGGAAAACAAUAGUGGUGUUAAUGGCCUUCAAGGCUACACUUCCAGGAAGUAAUGUCAUGAAAUGGUUUGGGCCUGCACAACAACGACUCAGUGUUCUUGCCUUUACACUUAUCCAGGUUCUUAUCUGUGUGCUUUGGCUAACAAUAUCCCCUCCAUUUCCCUACAAAAAUAUGAAAUAUUACAAAGAAAAGAUCAUUCUUGAGUGCAGUCUGGGUUCUACUAUAAGUUUCUGGGCUAUUCUGGGUUAUUUUGGCCUGCUUGGUGUCUUGUGUUUUAUUUUGGCUUUUCUUGCUCGCACGCUGCCUGAUAACUUCAAUGAAGCCAAAUUCAUCACAUUCAGUAUGCUCAUAUUCUGUGCUGUGUGGAUCACAUUUAUUCCAGCCUAUGUCAGUUCUCCUGGAAAAUUUACUGUAGCUGUGGAGAUAUUUGCCAUUUUAGCCUCAAGCUUUGGUUUACUAUUCUGCAUAUUUGCACCUAAAUGUUAUAUCAUCCUGUUUAAGCCUGAACAAAAUACAAAGAAAAAUAUGAUGGGAAAACAAAAAAACAUCUAAGACCUAAUGACAAAUAAUAAUAAUGUCUAUAUUAACAUUGCACAUUUUUUGUGUUUUUAUUAUUUAUUCAAAGACAAAAUAUUUAGCAAAUUCAUACAUUCUAAAAGUUGUGGUUGGUGGUCAGUUUGUGUAAAUGUAUGUUUUUGAAGAACGUUUUCCACUUUUGAUGUCAUUUCAAGCAAGAAAUUACAAUCCAAUUUCCAGAAAAGUUGGGACAUUUUGGAAAAUGCAAUUAAAUAAAGAAUCUGAUUUGUUAAUUCUCUUUAACCUUUAGCUGACAAAAAUAAAAAUAAAGCUGACCAACAAGUGAAGAGUUUAUUUGCAAAAACAGAUAACUCAAUUUUUAUGAAUUCUCACAAAUCAGUAAUAUCAAUCAAACUGCAGUUGGGUUGUUUUGAUUAAGUAAUAAUAACUCAAAAAAAUACAGGUAAAUUAAAAAAUUAAAGUUCAUUGAAAGUAUGUUUUAUAUAUAUAUUAAAAGUUUUUUUUUUAUUUUUUUUUUUAGCAAAAGCAGAUAACUCCAACAGUCGUUUUUUGGACACACAAACAGAUCGGCACACAAGUACACACACACACACACACACACACACACACACACACACACACGCACGCUCUCUCUCUCUCUCUCUCACACACACACACACACACACACACACAAGCAAAAGGACAACCAAUUUUUCAGCAUGUAAGUCGUGUAUGGUGUACAAGGACUACAGGAGUCGAAAUUAUAAAUCCUCGAUCACUUUUAGUCAGCUUUGACAAAACUUUCCUCAGCUAGCGCGUCUUUUUGAAGUGACUAGAAGCCUUGUCACCUGACCUGAAUACUGUGCGCUGAUUCGCUAAAACGGACUUAUCGGUUUCUGUACACAAACAACAAGGGCGCUUGUCGGCUUCUGCUGUAAAAUGUGAACUUGCGAUGCCUGACAGUGGACAAAACCGGCUUUUCUGACAACAUGGAUUUAGGGUACAGAAUGUGCUAUAUGGAGAAUAAUAAACAGCACUUAGUUCAUUUUUUUUUUUUUUUUAAAUGGCGUUUAUCGGUUUUUGCAAAUGAACUCUUCAAGUGUAAAUAUAAACAAAUUUUGAUGGUGCAACACACACCAAAAAUGGUGGGACAUCUCGUUUCCUUUUAUUAAUUUUUGCAAGUGGAAUUUUUGUCCAAUCUCAACAGAUACAAGUUAGCUGCUCAAUGGUCUGUGGUAGUUAUUGCUGAUUAUCUUUUUCAUGAUGGGCCACACAUUCUCAAAAGGAGACAGAUCCAGUGUAAAGUAUCUAGAAACCACUCAGUUUUAGCAUGUGCAGAAUGAGGCCUGGAUGUCUUGCUUCCCAAGAUAGAUGUCAUCUUGAUGGAAGCACUAAGGUGUGAGAGGCUGUGCUGUAUUUUGAAAUAAUUAAGUCACGGGUAAAGGGCAUUAUUGUUAGGCAUGAUGCAGGGGUAUGCCUGCAACCCCUUUAGCUGUGACUUAUUCACCAUAGAGCAAUAGCCAAUAACACCUUAUUGCUUUUAUAAAACAGUUACCACACAAUACAAAUAUUAAAGUCAAAAAUAUGCAUCAAUGCCCCUUUCAUGAAGUAAAAUCACUAAAUGCAAUCCUUCCACUGGAAAAAUAAUCUCUGAUCAUAAACAGCAACAGUAUGCUCCAAGGUGUGAUAGGCAAUCUCAUGGAAAGACAACAACAACAACAAAACAGACUAGGAACUGUUCUCAUACGCUGUGUCAUUUAUUUAUUUUUUACACAAUAUAUGAUAUUUCCUCACACAAACAUCUACUUAUCUCUCAGCAUGAGAAAACAGUCAAGUAGUUUAAACUAGACCUGUUCGUGGCACAGUGCAAGUCUGUCUAAAGUAUAACUCAAUGAGUAUAGAGUAGUGAGCAGAUGUGAGAGGCGUGGCCUCAAUAUUAACGGUGAAUGACACAUACAUUGCAUAAUGCCCACAGAGGUCACUGCUUCAUUAAAAUAAUUAUCAAACUGGUAAUUAUGUCAUGCUGCCUAAUAGAUAAAAUUAUACAUUUUGACAGUUUGACCUGUUAAUCCAAUAAGAACAAAGAUAUGUUUAUGUUGCUAAGGGUGGUUGCUAAGGAUGUUGUGCAGUGAUACACAGAACUGUUGGGUGAAGUGGUCAUAGUCGUGCUUUAUCGUGAAUAAAACCAAAUACUAUAGAAUAACACAAGACGUGUCACUCGUAUUGUUUUGAAUGGGAGAAAGUGUAACACGCAAUAUGGCGGAAUAAGUCCCGCCUUCUAAA